AUGUCUGAGAGAAACGGUGUGAUGAGAUGUGUCAAAGACAAAAAAAGAGAGUUAAGGAUUGAGCUGGGUUACCUCAGAAGCCCCCCUGCCCUUUCAGCAGGGCCUCAUAUGGAGAACCAGGUCUCAGGUCCCCUGGGCACUGAUGUCUGCUCUCCACUUGACUCCUCCCAGUCAGCCACGGAGGCUGUGAAGGAACCUGGCCCACUCACGACACCCUACAGCCACAAGUCAUUCACACCUGGAACAGAGGGGGAGAACUUUGGUCAUCGAGCGAAACACAAACAAGCAAAACGGCAAGAAAAAGCACUCAGCCACUCAUGUUAA